GCUUCCAUUUCUAAGAUUCCUUUCUGUUUUGUACAUUUUAAGGAGGCAGUGUCAGUGGAUGUUGGAUGAUUGUUAUUUGGACAUUUGCUUGUUACGUGUUGAAUGACAUGCACUGAUCCACAAGAACAGAAAAUCCAUGCUUACUCGACCCUGCACUUUUAUUUUGUGGAUAACUAUGGCCCAGAUUCCUGGCCAGGAGGAUAAAGAGAAAACAACUGCACUGAAAGACUUGUUGUCAAGAAUAGACUUAGACGAACUAAUGAAGAAGGACGAACCUCCACUCACUUUCCCCAAGACGCUUGAAGAGUUUGAGUACACUUUCAACGAGCAGGGCCAGUUGAGGCACACCACGACAGGGGAGGCGUUUGUGUUCAACGCCCGAGAGGAUCUCCACAGGUGGAAUCAGAAACGCUACGAGGCGUUGGGAGAGAGAGGAAGUUGA